UGGUGCCAAUCGUGCCAAAUGUCAAACAAACCGGAAUAAAACGUGCCAGAAAAUGGGAAUUUUGGAAAAAAUCUCGGAAAUCGAGAAGGAAAUCUCUCGCACGCAAAAAAAUAAAGCCACCGAGUACCACUUAGGGCUCCUCAAAGCCAAACUUGCAAAAUACCGUUCCCAGCUCUUGGAGCCUUCGAAAAAAUCGGAAAAAGGUGAAGGUUUCGACGUUUUAAAAAGUGGGGAUGCGCGUGUGGCCUUGAUCGGCUUCCCGUCAGUCGGAAAAUCCACUUUGUUGUCAACUUUAACGAAGACGGAAAGCGAGGCAGCGUCGUACGAAUUCACGACCUUGACGUGCAUCCCGGGCGUGAUCGACUACAAUGGGGCCAAUAUCCAGCUGCUCGAUUUGCCCGGGAUUAUCGAGGGGGCUGCCCAGGGCAAGGGCAGGGGGCGGCAGGUGAUAGCGGUGGCACGCACGGCCGACUUGGUCCUCAUGAUGCUGGACGCCACGAAAAAGGACGUCCACCGACACUUAUUAGAAAAGGAAUUGGAAAGUGUGGGGAUUAGGCUGAACAAAAUGAAGCCCAACAUUUAUUUCAAGGUGAAAAAAGGGGGCGGUAUUUCGUUCAAUUCCACUUGUCCCUUGACGAAAAUCGACGAAAAGCUCGUGCAAAUGAUUCUGCACGAGUACAAAAUCUUCAACGCUGAGGUUCUCUUCAGGGAAGACUGCACUGCCGAUGAGUUAAUCGACGUGAUUUGUGCGAACCGCGUCUAUCUUCCAUGCCUUUACGUUUAUAAUAAAAUCGAUCAGAUUUCGAUCGAGGAAGUCGAUAGAAUAGCCAGACAGCCGAACAGUGUUGUCGUCAGUUGCAACAUGAAGCUCAACCUAGAUUACCUCCUUCAAGUCCUCUGGGAGUAUUUAAAUUUAAUUCGCGUUUAUACGAAAAAACCGGGACAGCCGCCGGAUUUCAGCGACGGCUUGAUUCUGAGAAAGGGGGUUACAGUGGAGCAUGUGUGUCACGCAAUCCACAGAACGCUCGCCCAGCAAUUCAAGUAUGCCUUAGUCUGGGGCACGAGCACCAAAUACUCGCCCCAAAGGGUCGGCACUUCCCACGUCAUGCACGACGAGGACGUCAUCCAAAUAGUUAAGAAGUAAUUAGAUUCGUUGUUACUGCAUAUUAUUAAAUGAUUUUCUUACA